AUUUACGUAGUUCUAUUUUGCAGUCUAGGGUGGAAAAUUACAGCUGAGGACAAAGAGACAGAGUAAGAGUAAUAACAGGGUCCUCAAGAAAAUGAGACACUGAGUGUCAGUGAGAUUUUUUUUCUCAUUGUUUCAAACUCCCACUCACCCUGCUUAAUGAAUGACUUCACAAAUGAUACUGCCAACUGAUUCAAAUACGUGGCACCUUUUUGUGAAUUAAACACAUUUGUGACCAUUACAUUGAUGUCAUUUGCGUACAGUCUCUUUUAUUGGCUUACUGAAAGUGACGUAGGACUUUUGAUUGGCUAGCAGUUUGAGGUAAAACGUCUCACUGGCCAAUAGACUAUGAUCAAGUGCUCACACAGUUAAUACUGAAACCCAUGGGAUACAUAUAUAAAACCCUGGGCUGAGGGGAGUGUUCAGCAGAUUCACAAGUGAGUCUAUCUUUGACUUCUUCAUUACAGAAAGAUCUGUUAUCUCACGGGAAUCAUGAUAAUGCUGAAACUCUGGACUCUCCUUCUUGCCUACGCGCUGAUUAUUUGUCAGAUGUACGUCUCACAGGCAGCUCCAUCCAGAAGCAGUAAGGAGUCCAUGUCAGAUGGAGCGACACUAUCAAAUGAUGAUGCUCAAAGUUUAUUCAGAGCCAUCAAGGAGUUCAUGAAGAUAACAUCAGAUGAGCAAGACCAAACCGUUGAUGGAAACGGUUUGGAUAGACCCAUGUCAAAGCGCUGCACCGGCUUAAGCACGUGUGUGCUGGGCAAACUCUCCCAGGACAUUCACAAACUACAAACCUAUCCCCGCACUGAUGUGGGAGCAGGGACGCCUGGCAAGAAGCGAAGUCUAGCUGAGCAAUAUGAAAACUACGGCAACUCAUACAACUGAAACUUUGGUUUACUUUGGUUUUUGCCCAUGUCUGUCUGACUUAGAAUUUGUUUUUUCAUCCAACUCUAGCCAUUCAUAAGACUGCUAGUGCAUGUGGAUCCUAUUUGUCUGACUAACUUCAAAGAAACAUCCUUGCUUUCAUUUUUCACUGGCGGACAUAAAAUUUAUGACAGAGACUUGAAAAUUUUAAACAGCUAUAAAAAUUGCGUUACUUUGGCAGUUCUCUAUAAUACAAUAAAAUAUAAGAACGGCUAAAAAACCUUUCUGAUGUUGAAUUAUUUUUAUCUUCAUGAUGAUUAAUUUUUCCCUAUAAUAAAUGUGUCUUUUACAUGGAAGCUGUUUUUAAUUCAUUCAAGAUUGAAAACAUACAUUACUCAGUGUAUAAAAAAAUGAAAGGUGAAAAGGGUAAGCACACUGUGUAUUUUGCACACACAAUCAUUGUAAUAUUUCCCUUGACAUGUUUCCAUUGUGUUUUACUUGUUGUUGAUACUACUAAAUAAUAUUAUUCAAAGUUUAUAGAUAUCAUAAUAAACUGUCUUUGCUGUCUUUUCCAUUCUUACAAGUAAUACAACAGCACAGAAGCGGGCGUGCAACACAGCCACCUGUGUAACCCACCGCUUGGCUGACUUCUUGAGUCGGUCAGGAGGACUGG